AUGUCAGAAAUUGUCCAAACUUUGAUUCAAGCCGAAAAGUCCUACAUUGAUCAACUCAAUACUUUGAUACAGAAAUAUUUAUUACCACUCGCUGAUGAGGAAUCUUCACCUCUUGUUCAUUCCGUUUGUCAUCAAUCCGAAGAACAUCAUCAAGAAGAAAAUUAUCUUCAUAAUAUUUCUAGUAGUUUAAAUAUUAUUACAAAAUUACAUCAUUUCACCUUGACAAGAUUGGAAGAUUUUUCCAAUAAGAAUAAUUAUGCAGGAUUUGGAUCGUUAUUUUCAACUGUUUCAUCACAAUUGUUGGCUCCUUAUAAACAAUAUUAUAGUUCAGUUCCUAAAAUUCUUUCCUAUUUGGAAAGAGAAAAACAAACAAAUGAUGCUUAUAAAAAGUGGUUGACUGAGAAUGAUGAAAGUAAAUUGGUUGAUUUACUUGUCAAGUCACCUCAAGAUCAUUUGAAUUUCUAUGUAACACAAUUGAAUAAUUAUGGAUCUAGUAGUGAUGAUGAAAAACAAAAUAUCACAACAAGUUUGGACUAUUUGACCAAAACUAUUGAAUCAAUUGCUCAAGCUCAACAUGCCAAGCAUCAACCUAUUCGUCGUCUCUCUGAAAAACAUUAA